CCCAAGUAUCAGACCCACGUUGAAUCCAAAUAUCGUCACCGUCCUCACCACCGCCAUCGCCCCCAGCGACAGCGACAACAGGAACCGCAACAACAAAAGUCACCCACACCGUUCUACCAAGUAUUUUUCAUCUUUUUUGGCAUCGUCCCUCCUCUUCUCCUUUCGCGCAUGCUUCUCGUCCCCGUCGGACCCGGUCCUUUGUGGCCUCGCUCUCGUGUCACUUUCUAAUCGUUCUUUGACCUGCUCUGCACUCAAAAGCCGUCGCGAGCGCAUCCAGCGUUCCAACUGCAUUCCUCUCAUCUCUUUUCGGUUCCAGUUCCCAAUUGCUCCCUGCAUACACUUCCAAAUAGUCUAGCACACAAAGCUUUUGGUUAGCUUCCUCUGCCGUCAUGUCCUUCUUUGGCUUCGACACCACCCUGCCGAGGGACAAGGCCCAUCAAACAUCUGGACUCGGCUUCAGCGCGCCGCAGGAUGCCUUUGCGGGUCUAUCCGGCAACCCGGACGACGAAGAGGCCUUCGACUUCGAAGAGACAUACGACGGCCUCGCCUCGCAGCUUGAUGAGGACAACGAUGCCUUCAACGACGACACCUUCGGCAGCGGGCCUGCGACCCAGACAAGCAUAGGCAAGGAUUUCGACUUCUCGGGUCAGACCGACAGCGUCGCACGCGCCAUCGAAGAGGAGCGCAUGCGCUUCGCUGCCCAGCGUCAGGUCCCCAGAGCCGCCAGUCCGCCAAAACAGGCAUCCAAACCGCGUCGCACGGGCUACGAGAGCUACAUUCCUCAGCUGGAGGCUGACGCCAGCAUCUGGGGUUUGCCGGCCAAACCUACGCCGAAGCCGGCCUCGAAUCAAGGUCAGACAGGUCAGACUGCGUCCGCUGCCGGGAAGAAGUUCCUGAGCUUGGAGGAAGUCGAGGCCGAGCUGGCAAGACAGAGUGCGUCAGCCGCUCAACCGCCCGCCGAGCCGUCGCAGCUGCCCGGCUUCAGCCAUCCACAGCAACAACCGGUUCAUUCGCAGCAGCCCGGCUAUGGCCAGCCACCGCCGCCUCAGCAGCCCAUGAACUACUCGCAUCCGCCUCAAAUUCUGCAGCGCCGUCCUCAACAGCAGUCGCAGGAGCUGCCAGGCUCGCAGCCGAAGCAACCUGAGCUUCCUGACUAUAGCAUGCACCAGCCACAGAUCUUGCAGAGGCCGAGACAACAGGAAGCCCGGCCGACACGAGGGCCCCAGGCUGUUCAAGCGCAGAGGGGUGGUCUUCAGGGUAGUUCGCCUCAACCGCGACAGAUCUUGCAGAACCCCAACCGUCUCUCCGGGCCAGGACAGCCCUUGGCGCCCUUGCGCAGUGCUCCCCCCCACGGCUCAUCACACCAUCGUGGUCCCUCUUACAACGGACCGGUGAUCACUAACCCACAGCAGAUUCUCCAGCUCUCGGACGAGGAUCGAGCCGCAUUCCUGCAAGACGAAGCUCGCCGUGCCAAGCGCAACCACAAGAUCCAUCUGCUCUCCAAGAAUAACGGGCUCAUGACACCUCAAGACAAAAACUUCAUCACCCGCAUCCAGCUGCAACAGCUUGUCACAGCCACGGGUAGUCUCGACGCCCAGGACCCAGAGUCGCAACUCAACGAGGACUUCUACUACCAAGUGUACGCGCAGAUUCGCGGUGCAACGCGCCAAAACCCGAACCAGCCAGCCAGCCAGUUUGCCCACACGUAUCUGUUCCAGACGGGUGGCCGCUACGGGCACCGGCGGGGCAUGCGCCACGGGGACAGCCAUCUUGCCAGAAUGGAGCAACAGGUCGCGCGUGCAGUGGAGGCUGCCAAAGCGAAGCCCAAGAACAAGCAGCUCGUCAUCGAGGGCAGCUUGGGCAAGAUCUCGUACAGCAAUGCUAAGACGCCGAAGCCGUUACUCAACUUCACGCGGCCCGAGGCCGAGAAGGCCAAGAGCGCUUCGACAACAAAGAAGGCAAACGACCCUGCGGCCGAGAGAAGGGCUACGCUAAGGGACAUUGAGAAUGUGUACAUGGAUUUGAUGAAGCUUGAAGAUCACGAGAGGCAGAUACCACCAAGACUGACGCCGGAGAGCGACCCAGAGACCAUCCAAAGGCACAUGGAGUGGCGCGAAAAACUGACCGCGUUGAACGGCAAGCUGUGGGCUGACCUCAAGAUCAUGGAGGCCAUAGAUCCGAACUCCAUCUCGCAGCACCCGUUCAUUGCCAUGCUCUCCCACGCCAAGGGCAAGAAAGCCAUGCCUCGUGUCUUCCGUCAUCUAGAUGAUCAGCAGCGUCUCACAACCCUCACCAUGAUCUUUGUGUCCCUCGAUCAGCUUGAUGUGGUCGCCAAGGCACUUCCCAACCCGGCGAAGCCAGACGCACCUGUCCCGCUACCGGUGCGCGAGGAGAUCGACCUGUUCUCUCAGACGGUAAUGCCCGCAUUGUUCAGCUCUGUUGGAGAAAGUCCCCUGUCGAUCAUCUCAGGUAUCAUCGGUGUGCUUAUCGAUCGCACCAAUGUACCACUCAUCUCAUUGACAAAGAUCGGUUUGUCCGUGCUGACUAUGGUUCUCUCCCGCGCUGAGGUUCUGCGUGAGUCGCAGCAGCCUCCCCCGUCAUCUCCAGAGGGUGCACAGGACUGGGCUGCCUGGAAUGAGCUAUACAAUCGACUGUUCGAUCUUCUGGAGCCGGCUCUGCCGCACAUCUUCCCUGGUAAAGUUACAGAGGCCGAUGACGUGCACGUGUGGCAGUUCCUUGCGGCCAUGGGCGUAGGUGCCAGCCCGGAACAGCAACAGAGACUGGUCAUCGGGGUGAAGGAUCGGGUCAUGGAGACGGUAGCAGUUGCGAGAACUCUGCCCAGGGACAUGGGGGAGCAGAGACUGGGCCACGUCAAUCUGUUUAUGAGAGCUAUCGGACUUGAUGUAGAGCUGUUGGGAGGUUGAACGGCGGAGAAGUCGAAGAAAAUUCUAGGCGGCGACGGCCAACAAAAAAUACCAAGCGUGGUCUAAGCGUAGGGCCCAUCCCUGCGUGAAUGCGCCUCAAUGAUAGAAAGUGUCUUUGCAACGUCCACAUAGCAGCGUUUGCAAUGCAUUGUAGCAUGUAGUGGUAGUAAGGGACUGCAAUAGCGGUGCCUAAAGUGAGUUAAAAAGCCAAACGCGGAAGUUAUGGUCUAGAUUAUGUUGCCGUGAAAUGUUCCUCUCUUUUUUUUUAAAAAAAAA